UGAAGUCGGUAAGGGUUGGAUUCAGACAAUCAAGGGCUGUGAAACUGCUUCAAGUUAGAUUUUUAUAUUGUGCUCACUAUCCGUUGAAAUUCAUUAGAGUUUAUAAAGUGUAUUUAUUAAAUGACGUAUAUAGAAUCAAUUGAACCAUGGGGAACAUUCAAACCAAUGAAAAACAAUCCAAAACUGGAAAAUCUCCCGCAAAGGGGAAACAUUUUAUGCGAAACUUGAACAGAAAGUCACCAGGAAGAGACAGCAAAAAGCAUGGACGGAAGAAGAGCGAUGCCAAACGUGACGCCAUCGACAGGGAGUUUGAUAAAACACCAGAUUCAGAUAUCAACGAACCGAUCGAAAUAUCAGAUAACGAUACGGUCGAGUGCGUGUUCAAAACAUUGCGGCAGGGGGAGGGCGCAGAGCCGGCGAGCGUGCAGUCGGAGGUAACGGUGACCAGGUGCGAGCGCGCCCAGCCGCGGUCACCGACCCGCGACCAGUUGCCCGCCGCCGCUCCGCCGCAGCCGGCGCUCUCGCCUGCCAACGACUCCACCUCCGAGUCAGUGUUUACGGACCCGCUGACGCCGCUCGCCGUCGAGCUCAACCAGUGCUACUACUCCGCCGAGAGCGACAGCGCGCAUGAGGAGCUGCCUCGCACCCUCACGCCCUCCCUGCCGGACGUGCAGCCCGCGAGUGUCGCGAUGACCGUAGACAUGCCGCACGAUGACGCCGCCUCCUCGCUCUCCACUGACGACUUGGAAAAAGAAGAAAAAAAUGACGUAUUCGAUGACAGUGGUGACAAAAGCGAGAAUGAAAAGGUUAUGGGCACUGCAUUUUCGGGGUGGUGCGGCGAUCACAAGGCAGAACGGAAUAUAGAACGAAUCAGUCACGAGUGCAACCACGAAUUCCUCGACAACCGGGUGAAAGCUUGUCCGGGUCAGACUUCGUUUACAGUGUCAAAACAUCGGAAGGUGGAACUUCCUCCAGUGGCUUGCGAACCGUCACUCACAUUACUAGACAACGUGGUAACGGAGAAAGAUCGUCGCCAUUCGAGCGUGAGUGACGCCCCGAUGUCCGAUUCGAAUGUCUUGAGGAAAGUGGCUUCGCUAACACUCGACAAGCUCACGGAGUCAAGGGUGGUGCGACCCAAAUUCGUUCCUGAUAAACUAGACUUCAAGCUGUAUGAGAAGUUUGAAGGUCAGAUGCUCCUGAACUGGUUUAUAUCAUCAAUAACGGAAAAUAGUCACUUGAAAACGUUGUUAAGUGUUCAAGAUCUGAGAAACCUUGGGAUACAGUAUUGUACUCAUCUGCUGGCCGCUGGCGUCCUGCGACAAAUAUCUGACAAGGAUGCGCCCACGGAAAAUAUUUUCAAGCCGAAUUUAAUGUACUAUUGGGCACACAUGGAGGUCCCAACACUGCAACCAGUGACACCGGGCAGGCUGCACACGUCUGUCUGGCCACCUGACAAAGAUGCACUCUUCCUCACACAGGACAACCAGCGAGAUCUAGAAAACAACAAGUUCUUUAGCCAAAACAACAAUGAAGAAAUAAGUGAUAUUGACGAAGCUAAAGUAGUUAUAUCUCAACUUAAGAAGAAGCUCCAAGAACUGGAAUAUCAAUUAGAAAAAUAUCGAAUAAACUCACAGAUUGAAUCACUUAAUAAAAAUUUGGAGAAAAGGCUUGAUUCCAUCAACGAAUAUAAUCUAUUAAAAUCCAAAACAGACUUAACAAGUAAAGAAGUGCAAACAUCAAACUUUGCCAAUGAACUUAAUAAGAUAUCAAAUAAACCUGUGAUAAACAUACCUGAAUAUGACCCUCUAAGAACAAAUGUAAAUAUUGAUAAAACAUUAGAUUUAAGUAGUUUAGAACAUAAAAGUGAGACAGCUAUUACAAAUAAACCUGAUGUCAGAUCUGAAAAAAUUGUAAAUUAUUGUAAGUUGAAUAAAAGUAGAGAUUGUAAUAAAACUUAUCGUAAAGAUGAUCAAACAGAGCUUAACACUGCCGAAGAUACAAAGAAGAAUCAGUUCCUUCAAAACGUUGACCAAAGCAGUGCUUGUUCUUCAGACGCCUCAUUCCUCAGCACCUACACAUCCACUGAGCUAAUUACGUACAGUGCUAAAAGUUUUAUUGACGUAGAUAGACAAGGAGAACCCAAUGUCUCAGAAAAUAAUGUUCAUCCUCCACACACCCAAGUGUUGUAUACAACAGUUAAUAAACUGCAACAACCAUCAAAUAGUCAGUCAUCACUGGAACUUUCAAGUAAUAUAUCCUUGGACCAUGAAAACGUGAGCAGUAUAGCUGAAAUGGAUGUUAAAACAUGUUUAUCAAUAUCUGACAGGUCUCCAGACCUCAUGGUAUCUGCGGACUCAAUACCAACGAAAGGGGUGUCUGUGGUAGGACAAGUCACUCCAGUAGAAGCAAAUCAUACUAGUCAAAUUGUACCCUUUCAACCUCCUCCAUCACCAGGAAUGCCGCCUCCCCCACCCCCCAUGCCAGGAACACCACCAGCAGAUGAUGCAUCACCUAAGUUUGACCAAUAUACCAACGAAGCUAUAUUGUCAAAUUCCUUACAAGAUAAAAUUCCUUCUAUGACACCACAAACUUCAACCUCUGUUCCACCUCAAACCGCAAUUGAGUUAUCGCCUUUGUCAACGCCAGUUACGGUACAAUCUCCACCGGCAGUUCCUAGUACGAUACCGUUUCAGCCACCUACGUCUGGGGUAGGUCCACCACCUCCUCCCAUGCCCGAAAUGGGCCCACCACCUCCACCUAUGCCUGAGAUAGCCCCACCAUCUCAUAUGCACGAGAUGGGCCCACCGCCUCCCCCAAUGCCCGAAAUGGGCCCGCCACCACCUCCAAUGCCGGGUAUGGGCCCACCGCCUCCCCCGAUGCCUGGAAUGGGCCCACCACCUCCUCCAAUGCCCGGAAUGGGUCCCCCACCUCCACCAAUGCCUGGGAUGGGCCCACCACCCCCACCUAUGCCCGGAAUGGGCCCACCGCCUCCUCCUAUGCCUGGGAUGGGCCCGCCACCUCCACCUAUGCCUGGUAUGGGUCCACCACCACCUCCACUACCAGGAAUGGGUCCACCCCCACCUCCUUUGCCAGGUAUGGAUGUUCCUUUAGCCCCUGCUAUGCCAGGACCCCCACCCCCUCCACCACUGUCUAGCGGACCUGUACCCUUUCCAGCACCACCUGCUGGAGGAUGGAAUGUACAAAGAGCCACGUUAAGAAAGACACCAGUAAAACCCGCCGCACCAAUGAAACCGUUGUAUUGGACGCGAAUCCUGGCCACUGCGCCUGCGCCCACCAGCCAGGGAGAAACACUCUCAGGCAAUUUUAAACCUUUAUGGUUGGAAAUAGAAGAAGCUAAGUUAGACAAUAUUGACGAAUUUACUGAUUUGUUCUCUAGACAAGUCGUAAAGGCGCCUGUCAAGAAGAAAGUCGAAGUCAAGACGAAGAUCCAACCUGUUAAGAUAUUGGACAGUAAGAGAUCGCAAAAUGUAGGCAUUCUUGCACAAAGUUUACAUGUCGAGUUCUCAGAGAUUGAGAAUGCCAUUUACAAUUUCGAUACGUCCGUAGUGAGUUUAGAGGCAUUGCAUCAGAUAUACGAACUGCGCGCCAGUGAGGAGGAACUGUCGUUAAUAAAAGAGCAUCUAAAUCACAAACCAGAGAUACCGCUAGAUAGGCCUGAAGCGUUUCUACACGACCUGUCUGGAAUACCAAACUUUGCUGAACGAAUAUCUUGCUUUAUGUUCCAAGCUGAGUUUGAAGAUGCAGUCAGCACAAUGAUGCACAAACUAGAUAAUUUGAAACAUACUUGCGAGUUUCUAACAACCAGUGAAUCUCUGAAGAAAUUAUUUGCUAUUAUACUGACGCUAGGCAACUAUAUGAAUGGUGGUAAUGGUCAAAGGGGGCAAGCUGAUGGCUUUGGGCUGGAAAUUCUUGCAAAAUUGAAAGAUGUGAAAUCGAAGCAGUCGAACGUGACGCUCCUGCACUUCAUAGUGCGGACAUACAUGCGGUCGUGCGGCGGCGCGCUGUCGGACGGGUGCGCGCUGCCCGUGCCCGAGCCGGGCGACGUCGCGCGCGCCGCCACGCUCGACUUCGCUGAUGUAGCCACGCAUCUCUCCACCCUCAGGAAACAACUUGAUGCAUGUAAAGAUAAAAUGAAAAAAGUAAUAGAGAAUGAUGCUGACAAACGCAAUCUCAAUGAGGACUCGCCAACCGAUGAGGGAAAGAGAAAGCUAGAGGUGUUCGAAGAUAAGAUGACCACAUUCCUGAAUGCUGCUGAAGAGAAACUUAAGACUGAAAAUGAGAACUUAGACGAGUGCCGAAUGAAAUUCAUUGCAACCGUUAAGUUUUACCAGUACACUCCUAAAUGCGGCAAACUGGAAGACUGCGAACCAAAAGAAUUUUUUUCACUGUGGACCUCAUUUUGUAGCGAUUUCAAAGAUAUUUAUAAAAAAGAAGAACAAAUUGCAAUUAAAGAAAAGUUAAAAGAAGCGAAGAAACUGCAAGAAGAAAGGAAACCUCAGACUCAACCUAAGAAGGAGGGUGGGCUUAAAGCGCGACUGCAGAAACUAUCUAGUUCAAGGAAAUAAUACUAACAGCCAACAUAAGAACUAAUUGUCGCCCUUAUUUCAUGCACAAAUAGUGUACAUACUGUCUAAGUACAUUCACAUAACAUUCCAUGUAAUUAUUGCAUUCCGAGUAAGUAAUUACUGCUCACGCAUUUUGUGUGCGUCUACGCAUCUGCGCCAAUCCUUUUGAGGAACACAGGUUAUGUGACAAUAUCGUGUAGAUACAUCCUUUUGUAAACUUUUUAUUUUUGUAAUUGAUAUAUUUUCUGUAUAGAACAUGGAUUGAACAAAGGCCUAAUAUUUAAUUCUCUCGGAAACAGUUUAUACCGAUAACAAUCUUAACAUUACUGGAACAAUUUACUUAAUUGCUGAGCCAACUAAUUUGAUUGAAUGUUAGAUCUAGUUUAUAAAUAAACAGAUGAAGCUUUACAAUUAUAACACUAGCUUCUGCCAGCGGCUUCACCCUCGUUCCCGUGGGAUAAAGUAUCCUAUCACCCAAGUCAGCUCAUAUCCUGUCUGUAUAUCAAAAUCCGUUGAGUAGUUUCAGCGUGAUUACCAGACAAACAUCCAAACAAACUUUCACAUUAAUAAUAUUAAUGUGAUAAACCUAUUUAAGGGUUUUAUAUAAAUAUAAAAUGAAGAUCAUCAGAGAAGAGCUUGUUGGGAAGAUUUCUAUAAAAAUGAAAUUUGUACUCAAAUUCGUAUCAUUGAGAAUAUCAAGUUAUAUUCCUGCACAUAUAUUAUUGUACCUGAUAUACUGUUUUUAAUGCAUAUGUUUAAUUUAAAUGCCUGAUUGUGUGCAUAGUUGUUCAUCUAAAAAUGGUGCUGUAACAAUUGUUGUAUCUGUAAAUAUUAUUAUUUAAACAAUAUAAAACUCAAAUAUUAUUAAUAAAAGCUUUUAUUACAUGUA